AUGAAUAAGCAUCUGAGUCUUGUCAUAACGGAUGGUGAUAAUGCCAUGAAGAGUGCAAUUGAAGAAGUUUUUCCAAAUGCUACCCAUAGAUUGUGUGCUUGGCAUUUGUAUAAAAAUGUAGUAUCUCAUAUCAAGGACCCAGAAUUUCGUGAGGAAUUCAAAAAAUGCUUGUAUGCCAAAUUUGAAUGUGAUGAAUUUGAAGAGUAUUGGCAUGACAUGGUUGAAAGGUUUAAUCUUAUGGGAAACGACUGGGUAGAGAAACAAUAUAGAAGGAAAGAACAAUGGGCUACUGCUUAUUUGAGUAGCAAAUUUUGCGUUGGAUUUAGAACUACAUCCAGAUGUGAAGGCAUAAAUUCUUUCAUUAAAAGCUUUGUUGACUCAAGGGAUAGUAUACUUGCAUUGGUGCAAAACCUAGAACGUGCUUUAAGGGACUACAGAAAGAAUGAGAUUGUUGCUGAAUUCAAAAUAAUAAAUGGAGAAUAUGUGCCCACAACAGGUUUAUAUUCUCUUGAGCGUUGUGCUGCGUCAGUGUAUACUAGGGAGAUAUUUUGGAAAAUAUUAGAAGAGAUUAAAAGUGUGGCAGCUUUGGAUAUUGUGUGGUUUGGUAGUCGUUCAACAACUUCAGAGUACAAGAUCAUCAAGUAUGGAAGACCUGAUCAUGAGUAA